CGCUUCGUGGUCCGCGACCGACGCGCUCCCAGUUCUCCGUCGCCGCCUGCCGCCUCUGCAACCCGCCGAACGAGUCGACUUCCUGAUUUUCUCCACUGCGGGACUUCUUCCACGAUGCCAUCCGCUGCCACCGCCUUCAUCCCCGCCUUGCUCGUCCUCCUCUACGUCACAAGAGGAAGUGCCGAGGCGAGGCCGGAAGGAUUCGCUUACGAAGGCCGUCUGGGCCCCAGCCACUGGUCGGAAGAGUUCAAGUCGUGCGCGGGCAAGUACCAGAGCCCGAUAGACAUCGAGGAGCACCUGGUCACGCAGGUGCGGCUGCCCGCGCUACGGUUCCGGGGCUUCCGCACGCCGCCCGCGUCCGCCACCGCCACCAACAACGGACACACCGUGCUGGUGCAGUUCAAUACGUCCGAGCCGGCCGUGCUCUCUGGCGGCCCGCUGCGGGGAAACUACCAGUUCGCCCAGCUGCACUUCCACUGGGGAGCCAACGACUCCGUGGGGAGCGAGGACACCAUCAACAACCACAGCUUCCCCCUGGAGCUGCACAUGGUGUUCUACAAGACGGACUACGGCAGCUUCAACGGUGCACUCAGCCAUAAGGACGGCCUCGCAGUGGUUGCGCUCUUCUACGAGGUGUUUGGAGAUGACAAUCCGGUGUACGCAGAGCUGGCAGAGGCCAUCCCACAGGUGGAGGCACCGGGCUCCAAGGUGCCACUGAGGAGGGCCCUGCUCCUGGGCGACUUGCUGCCUGAUAACCGAGAGCUCUACUUCACAUACAACGGAUCACUCACCACGCCGCCUUGCUCCGAGGUCGUCACCUGGAUAGAGUUCAAGACGCCUACCCUGCUCUCUCACAGACAGGUGGAUGUGUUCCGUAACAUGAAGUCUGAAGAUGGCCUGCUGACGCACAAUUUCCGGCCGGUACAGCCUCUGGGAGACAGGGCAGUGCUCUUCAACGUGGGGAAUCUUCCCCCUGCAGUGGCCCCUCGGGCCCCAACCACAUCUUUUCAGACGCUGCUGACUGCCCUGUUCACUCUGCUCUGGAGGCACCACUAGUUUCCACUGUCUGCAGGUGUGCUGUCAGUCAUUUAGUUAUCUACAGGCAGGGAAACAUGAUGCUGGGGUCACCACUGCACCCUUCUGAUCACUCUCGAGUGUCUUGUAAAGAUGACUUGCGUCCUUUGAGGAAGGUGUUGAUGGUGACAGCCAAAUGUGUGGAAUGACCCUUGUCAGAAAUAUAACAGAAGAGAGAAGGAAUACAGUACAAAUGCACAAUUUUUGUAUGCCGACAAAUGAAUGCAGUUGCUCUCUUGUACACGUUAUGAACAGCAUUUCCUUAUACAGUACCUAUUCUCAUAUGCAAGUAUGUAUGAUGAUACAAACAUUUGUAUAUUAUCUCUAAUGUACUUAUUAAUAAGCUCACCAUUUCACACUUCUAUAAUAUGUUCAUUAUGAACACAACUACAUAAAUGCUAGUAUCUGCAUAUACCAUUGGCAUGAAUUUGUUACAGCCACCAUGUCUAUAGUUAAAAAUUGUCUAAUGUAACAUCCAGUGUACAAAGAUAGCAAUUUAACAAAUCAUUUAUCUUGAUAAAAUCUGGAACUCUUUAACCAGAUGCCUAACUUUUCUGUUUGAUUAGAAAGUUGUGAUAAUCAUCUCACAGCAUGCCAUUCCUGUAUCAUUUCUUUAUUUAUUUUUGUAUUUAUUUAAGACAGAAACAUUCUGUUAAUAAAAUGCAGUUUUCAUUUAGAAAAUAUUCUUCUUCUGUUUUAGCCCAAUGCACUACAUUCUCAAUGAGUACAUAGUACAUUAACUGUGGAGAUGUAAUGUCAAAAAAUGUCAAUCAUCAUCAUUUGCCCUUGACAUGUUCAUCUUUUGCACCAGUGAAAAACUUCCAAAUUAGCACUUACACAUUAAAAUGUUUUGUUAUUUAAGGUGUGAAGUGCAAAUGUGGAAGUUUUUCUUGAUGCAGAAGGCACAUUUCACGGUAAAAUGAAGGUGAUGAACUGAAGCAUAUGUAAUACCAAAAAAUUAAUGGAGUUCCUGAGAAUUGAGUUGUAGGUCAGGAUCAUGUUGCAAUGAAGUGGGGAAAUAAAAUACUAUGACUAGAGUAUUUCUAAUUAAUAAAUUAGUCACCAACAAUCCCUGACAAAAUGUCUGUUAAUAAUGUAUUGUAUUUAUUUGCUGUAUGUUGUGUAGAUUAUGCUGAAUGUAAAUGUAAUUCUCACAAACUUAAAAACAAUUUUCCAUCAAGUUGUGUGCAUGUAUGUGUUAGCUUUACAUUGAGCAAAUGGAAUACAUGACACUACAAAUACUUUCAAUGAAAAUAUUUAUCUGCCAUUUAAAUCUAUAUGCUGGAGACAUGUGGAAUAUUAAAUUAUACAUUAUUACAUACAAUACAAAAAAUUAAGCUGGUUCAUAAAGAUAAUGGGAGUGUUUAAACUGACACUCAUGUAUAAGUUUACUAAUAUUUAUGUGAUUAUGUAUAGAGUAAGUAAUAUGCGUAUUGGAUGACAUGGGAAAACAAUGUGAAAUAAAAGUAUUAUUUAUUGUAUAUUAAA